UUUAAUAAUAUCUUUUGCUUACCCAAUUAUAGAAAUUUUAUUAUUUUUGAUAAAAGAAAAACAUAUAUAUCGAAUGUAUAUAUCAUCAUUCAUCCAAAUACACUCAUAUAUCUUUAGCCUUCCCAGUUAGUGUUUCUUCCCUUCAAAGAUCUAAACUUUUCACAUAACAAUCCAAACCCCAUCAUCAAAUUUCAAUCAAUCAAACAUUUUUUCACCAAAUUUCUCACCUUUUUCUUCUUUUAAUCAAUUUUACAAAAUACCCAUUUUGAUCUGAUCAAUUUUCCACCUUUAAAUUUUCUUAAUUUUGAUUUUAUUAGUGCUAUUAUUAUGACUUAUGAAGACAAUGAUGGAGUUACAGUAUUAAAGAUUUCAAUUGAAGACCCCAAGAAUGAUGAUUAUCUGAUUUUGGACGGUGGUGGUGGUGGUGGGUGUUCAGUUCCCUCGUCGUCGUCGGCGGCGAGUGGUAGUGUCGGCGGCGGCGGUAUAUGGUGUUGGAUAUGGUGGUGGUUAAAGCUUAUUCUUGUGUUACUGUUUUUGGCUGUUUUGGGUGUUUGUUUUUUCUUAUGGAUUGGCCCCUUUUUAAUGAAUAAGGAGGUUAUCCCUAUUUUAAAUUGGGAAACAGAAACUUUCAGCAAGCCGGUCUUGGCAAUUCUAAUAUUCACUUCAGUGGCAUUAUUCCCCACUAUAUUCAUACCAUCUACUCCUUCAAUGUGGGUGGCCGGAAUGAGCUUUGGUUAUGGUUUCGGGUUUCUUUUGAUUAUUGGUGGAGUCAUUAUUGGCACCUCGCUUCCUUAUUUUAUCGGCUCCCUUUUUUACCACAAAAUUCAAGGGUGGUUAGAAAGGUAUCCGAAGAAAGCUUCUAUUUUGAAGUUGGCUGGUGAAGGAAGCUGGUUUAAUCAAUUUAGAGCUGUCGCAUUAUUGAGGAUUUCACCCUUCCCGUACAUUGUUUACAAUUACUGUGCUGUGGCAACUGAUGUUAGGUUCAGUCCCUAUUUACUGGGAACACUGUUGGGAAUGGUACCCGAGAUUUUCGUUGCAAUUUACACGGGUAUAAUGAUCAGAACAUUGGCAGACGCUUCAAAUGACCAUCAGUCACUUUCAGCCCCUCAGAUCAUUUGUACUGUUUUCGGGUUUCUUCUAACUAUUGCGACCACCGUCGUGGUCACGGUUUAUGCUAAAAGAAGAUUGAGCGAGUUGCAAACUGAUGAAGAGCAGCUACUGCUGCAGUAAUAUUGUUGAGAGUAUGCGGAGGAACUCAACUCUGUUGAGACGAUCAACACAAGCAGAAACAGCUAACGAAACAAAGUGCGUUUUUUAAUUAAUUUUAGUGUAUAGAUGAAGCUAAAGGAUUGACAAUCUUUGUUGUUGCUUGUUUCUUAUAGCAAUUAUAUCCUCCAUAUAAAAUGUAUAUAAUUCAACUGCAUGCUUCUAAAA